GCUUUAUAAAAGAUCGACACUCAUGGAUAUGCCUUCUGUGCGGCAUGCAAGAUUGCAAUGGCAGGUGUUUAUUAUCCUAAUAAAAGUGUGCGCAUGUUUCACCGAUGUGGAUCCUCUGUCCAUUGCAACUGCGACGGGAUUGCAAACAAAUGGAGAUACAUUCAAAAUCGACGGCCGUGCGAUUGUACCUGGAGUGAGGCUGCAAGACUGGAUUUCAACUGCCCGUGUUAUUGUCGAGGGAGAGGAACACGUCGGGUUUUUCAGAAUUGAUGGAAGCUUCACUGUCAACGAUGUGCCACCAGGGUCCUACGUUGUCCAAGUGAUUUCACCGUCAUACAGAUUUGAACCUGUCCGAGUUGACAUCACAACUAAAGGAAAAAUGAGAGCACGCCUUGUGAACUACAUCAAGCCAUCAGAGGUAGUGAGAUUUCCGUAUCCACUUCAGAUGAGGUCUAUAGGCCCGCACUCAUACUUUGUGAAGCGUGAGACCUGGGGCUGGUCUGAUUUCCUCAUGAACCCAAUGGUCAUGAUGAUGGUGCUGCCUUUAGUGAUAAUCCUCCUCCUGCCUAAAGUUGUGAACACAAAUGAUCCAGAGAUGAGAAGGGAAAUGGAGCAGUCAAUGAACAUGCUCAACCCCAACCAUGAAUUGCCAGAUGUUUCAGAAUUCAUGACCAAGCUCUUCUCCUCAAAGACCCCCACCAAGACUGGAGGUGCUGGUGGUCGGGGUCCAAAGGGAGGAGCAACCAAAAGGAGGUAGUGCUGACCUUUGACCCAGUGAAAAGCACCUUUAUCCCAGUCCUGUUCCUGGCCUCGGCCUGCAAAGAAUUAAGCUUAUUACACUGACCUAUGGUUCCCUACAGUAUAUGGAAACAUGCAUUACGGCUUCAAUUGUUUUAAGAGUCCCUUAAUUUCGGAAGGUAUGUCUUAAGUUUUCCCUGUUGGCAAGUGGUAGCCAUAUCCUGAAAUAUAACUGAAUCCUUGGCUUGCUUGCCUAAAAAUCCUUCUCUUCUGGAUCCAUCAUGUCAGGAGGAUAACUUAGGAUAAGCUGUGUUUCUUUAGGCAAAGCUGAUACGUUUGGAUUUUCAAAUAUGUAUUAUGACAUUGUACAUUGUCUUCCCAGUUUGCAAUGUUUAGGGAAACUGUUAUAAUCAAUCUUUGGACUGAAACAUCAUGUUGCACUCAGUUACAGGACAAAAUGAAAAACUUAUUGGCUUUUAAGCUUAGCAUAGAUCAUUUGUAGUCUUAAUUUUGAAGCAUUUUAAAGUUACAAUGCAAACAAUGAUAAUCUUAAGGACCCUUGGGUGUUUAGAAUGCUUUUCUUUAUACUCAUGAUGGGUUCUUUUGCCUCUCUCUGGUUUCAUGUUUGUUAGCAAACAUCUUUCAUCGCCUCCUUUCAUAUUGACUUCAACCUUAGUGUUUCCUGUGAAGUCAUCUGCCAACAAUUACGCUUUACAAUCAUCGAUAUCAAUUGAGUUUUAUGAGUGCCGAUAGUGUAGAAAAAGCAUUAAUAAUGCAUUGGUGGUGGUGGCAUAUAGGACUGGAAGUUUUCUGUUGAUAGAAAGAGAAAAGAGAUAAAAAGAGAAUUUAUGGAUAUUUUUGGAUAUAUAGAUUCAUAAAUGCAAAAGAUUAUUUAUUAACAUAAACUUCGCUGGAGUGUGGAUAUUGAAUAAAUGUAACUUAUUUAAUGCUAAGAUAAAUAAAUUAUUUGAAGUA